AUGGUCCUCGAGGCGGUAAUGAUCGUGGUGGACAACAGCGAGAGCAGCAGGAACGGCGACUACCCAGCGACCCGCUACGACGCACAGAGUGAUGCCGUCAAUAUCAUCUUCCAGAAUGUUGUGCAGGGCAACCCAGAGUCUUCGGUCGGCUUGAUGAGCAUGGGUGGCAAGGGCCCGGAGGUGUUGGCGACGCUCACGACGGACCAGGGCAAGAUCCUCGAGGGUUUGCAUCAAACCAAGAAGAAGAUUCGGGGCCACGCCCAUGUUUCUACUGGCAUCCAAAUAGCUAGCCUCGCACUCAAACACCGGCAGAACAAGUCCCAACGGGCUCGCAUCGUCGUUUUUGUCUGCUCCCCUAUCGAAGAGGGAGAGCGCGAGCUAGUUACCCUCGCCAAGAAGAUGAAGAAGUUCUCCAUCAGCGUCGACUUUGUCCUGUUCGGCGAUAUGGACGAGGAGAACCAGGCAAAGUUGGAGGCGUUCAACCGCGAGAUCAAGGGCACGACCGACUCGUCGCAUCUCGUCGUCAUUCCACCCAGUUCCAAGCUACUCAGCGACCAGCUCAUCUCGACCCCCAUCAUGCUCGGCGAGGCCGCUCCCAGCGGCGGCGGCGGCGCGGGUGCCGAAGCCGGCGGUGGUGCGAGCGAGGACUUCCCGUUCGGCGUCGACCCGACACAGGAUCCCGAGCUGGCGCUGGCGCUGCGCAUGAGUAUGGAGGAGGAGAAGGCGCGGCAGGAGAAGAAAGCGCGCGAGGAGGGCGAGGCGGCGAAUAAGGGCGGUUUAGAGAGCGUCAAGGAGGAAGGCGAGUCGGCGCCGCUGCUGGACAAGGAUGGGCAGCCGGGCGGUAGCAAGAAAGACGACGAUAAGAUGGAUACUUCUUAG